CUGUGCGGUUCUCCCUCAGUCCAGCGCUCCUCGCUAUCAAUCUUGAUUAUCUCCCUUGUUCGAAGUGUAAUAUGCUGCCGUGGCAGCCUCUCUUUCGAAACUUAGACUUAACCUAAAACUAAUACACAUAGUGUUUUAAAUCCAAACUCUACAACUACCCCUGCGAUGGCGGGGGUAGGCGAGAAAUCAACCAAAAGUGACGAUUCGUCCUACGACACAGUUAAAAAUGUUGUUAUUAAUGAACUACUUUCGGUAGACAUAGAACCUGUGCUAAAAAGUGAUGCUGUCAACGAUUCAAUCAAAGCUUACAUAUCCAAAUCAAAAUCGGUGGUAUCAGUUAUGGAUAAAGAAAAUAAAGUUCUAGCAAAUGAAAACAGUGAACUCAAUGCUAAACUUAAAUCACUAUUAGAAAAGUUCGCAGAAAACGAGCAACAAAAUCAGCAACAACAAGCUUUAAUUUCAAACUUGCAAGUGCAAAUCAAUGACUUAAAACAAAACAUUACUUCUAAAACAGGUAAAGUUUCUAACCCUGUAUCUCAAAUUCAAAAUGUUCGCUCCAAAGAUAACUCUGUGAAAGAUAUCACAAAAAAUAACCCACGCAAAAUCUCAGUGUCUGGACAAUUAAAAUUAACUCAGUUUACUGAAGUGCAAAAAUCUAAGGAUCUGCAAUCCAAUUCAAACUCAAGUGCUGCUGUGCCAACAAACAAUAAAUUUGAUGUGCUGAAUUCUGAACAACCACAUCAAGAUGAGGAAAUGGUCACCUUAGAGGAUGAUGUUAACAGCGCUAAGGACGAUUCUCUUUCAGAGGACUACAACUCAGACCCGGAAUUUCGUGCUAAACGACAAGUUUAUAGGCAACAAAGGAAAAAGAGGAAGAGAGGAAACUCCAAUGAACAGGACCCCCAAACUUCUUCUUCUUCCAAACAACUCACCAAUACUGAUAAGUCUAACCCUACUGAUAUUAUUAAUCCUAGUAAUAAGACUAAAAUAUUACCACCCCCUCCAAUUAAAGUUAUUGGUAUUAAAAACUACGAAGAAAUUAAAUCUAUCCUUAAAGCAGCUUCCCCUAAGGAAGAAUAUUCCAUUCGUUUCAUUGGUAGUGAAACAUGGAAAAUAAACCCUUCAUCAGAAGAAUCUUUUCGUCAAAUUUCUGACAAUCUUAAUACAAAUGGUAUACAAUGGUAUUCACAUGCCAACAAAAAUACCAGAAAUAUCAAAGUUAUGUGUAAAGGCCUCCCUCCUUCUAUGCCUGAGGAAGAAAUAGUACAGGACCUUUUGGACAAAAAUUUUAAAAUUAAAAACGCAGUCUGCAUGAGAAAGCGCAUAAUUAAAUCCACUCAAAAACCUACGUCAACAGACAAACCUCAAGAUGAAAAUUCUUCCUCCAAAAAAGAGAUCAAAGAAUUUGAACUAAUUAAAAUACCGGUGCACCAAUUAGAUUUUGACUACUCAGAAUCAAUCGAAAAGAUCCAUAGUAUUAAGGCAAUAGCCCACACUAUGGUUAAAAUUGAGCCGAUUAAAAUUAAUCCUACUAUAGUGCCUCAAUGUAAAAGAUGUUGCGGCUUCCAGCAUACCGCAAAUUUUUGUGCCAAAACCCCCCGAUGUGUAAAAUGUGCAGGCAAGCAUUUAUCAGCUGAUUGCAUGUACAAGGGUAGAAUUUCCAACCCUAAAUGCGUAAACUGUGGUACCAUAGGUCAUCCGGCCAGCUACCGUGGCUGUCCUUUUGCAAAGGAUUUUCAAAUUGCCAGAAAGCAUUUAUUGAAAAACAAGAAAAAUCCAGAAAAUAAUGAGAAAAAUUUCCCACAAUUAGGUAUUAAAACGAUAAAAGCCUCAAAACCGAAACCGCUUGACAAGUCAUUUGCACAGGCAGUGACAGGCAAUAAAAAUAAUGAGUCAUCCUCUCAAGCUGAUAUCAUCAGCACCUUAUUAAAAACGAUCGAAGCACUCAACGUGCAAAUCCAACUUUUAAAUGAGAAAAUUGGCCGAUUGGAAGCUCGUUCCAAUAAAUAAAAUGACUCAUUUUUUCAUUUCUUUUCUAUGUGUAAUUCUAAUGAAAAUGUCUUUAUGUCUUUUCAAAAUAAUGAUGACUGUCUUUUUUCCGAGCAGAACGACACAGUCAUUGAUUACGAAGAUGUAGUACGGCUACAAUCUACAAACAUCUCAUCAUCAUUAAAUUUUAUGGCAUGGAACUGCGGCGGCCUGACACGGACGAAGGCCGAGGAAUUCAAUGUCACGCUAAGGGAUUUCAGUGUUGAUAUAGCCCUCCUGUCGGAGACCUGGUUCACUAAGAACGAUUUCAAAAGGUUACUCAGUUUUCGGCCAAAAGACAGAGGGGAGCAUACCACCCCUCUUGGAACCGACGGAGUCAAGUACAGGGCUUGUCAGUGCCGUUGUUUUUCUUUAAAAAAAUCUCACUGAUUCUGUUGGGAAUGGAUGAAAUUCAUCGUGCUCGGUCGAUGCCCGUGUUGCAUUUGCAAGAGACAGAAGGCCUCAUCACUUUCUUCGCACUGAUUGCUCUCGUGUUUAGCGAUCGAUUGAUGAGAGAACGUGUUAAUGACAUAGCCUUAACGCAACUAUUCAACCUCGCGGGAUGUCUGUAUUGUAUUCAACAAAUUGAAGGCGUUUUGACUUUACGCACAAUCUACAGCUGGGUCAAUCAACGAACGCGUUUAUGACAGCGCCUCGACGCAAUUAUUCAGGCUUGAUAGAUGUCCGAGUCACAUAUCGAUGUUCAAAGUGCGGAACGACGUAUCUCCAAAAAAUCCGCUUCAAUUUUAUCUUUUCCAAGAAGGGCAAGUCUUUCAGGGCCAAAAUCGAAAGUUCUACAAUCGAGCUGAAAUCAACCUGAUCCUCUGUAUACAUUAUUACGAGUACGAUUAAACCACAUCUGUUCGGCAGAACUGGAGAAGCUCGAUUUACCAGCGUUAGGAUAUUGAUAAAUUAACUCGAAUAGAAAUAAAAAUAUCAAAUUACCAAAGA